AUGGUAUCGAUACAGCCUCCGAUACGAUCCACUAAGUGCAGUUGGCGGCCGCCCUGGGACCUAGUGGUCCAAGCCCAGUGGCUUGCAAAUAGAGCUGGACCAAACCACAACUAUCGGGAAACAGAAGCCAUCGGUUCCAGUCGCGCCCAUGUCGAUGGCUUUUCCAAUCUAACAUAUAUUAUAACAACUGUUAUAAUUAGUUUGCGAGGUUCUCUUAUCUUAGCAACUUAUCCCUUUGCUUCGAUUGAGCUGAUUGCUAAAACUAAUCAGGAUCAGUUAAAAUCCUAG